AUGUUGUUUUAUUUGUCGACAUUGAAUCUGGCCAAAUUUUUAAAGGAUGACCCUCCUACUAUUAGAGAUGAUGAAAUGGAUACUGCAACCGCAUUCAACAUUACCGAAGCAUGGAAGCACUCUGAUUUCCUAUGCCGUAACUACAUCUUGAAUGGUUUAUCUGAUGCACUUUAUGAAGUAUACAGCAUAAAGAAAAAUACUAAGGAACUAUGGGAAUCAUUGGACCAUAAAUACAAAACUGAAGAUGCUGGUGCUAAGAAAUUCUUAGUCGCCAAAUUCUUAAACUUUGUAAUGGUUGAUUUUAAAACUGUUGUGAAUCAGGUGCAAGAAUUCCAACUAAUCAUUCAUGAUAUUCUCGCAGAAGGGGUGAUUAUAAGUGAAUCCUUUCAGGUGGCGGCCAUUAUUGAAAAACUUCCGCCUGCUUGGAAUGACUUUAAGAAUUACCUUAAGCAUAAGAGAAAAGAAAUGACAAUAGAAGAUCUGAUUGUGAGACUUCGGAUUGAAGAAGACAAUCGAUGUGCGGCUAAAAGGCUAAACAAAACAGCCAAUCAUAACAUUACCAAGGCAAAUGUGGUGGAAACGGGACACAUUUCAUCCGAAUGUAGGCUUCCAAAAAGGUCCAGAAUAAAAGAGACUAAUGUUGUGACAAAAAUUUCCAAAGAAGUAUCUGAACCAGACUUAUAUGUUGUGGUCUCUGAAGUUAACUUGGUUGAUUCAAAUCCAAGAGAAUGGUGGCUUGAUACUGGUGCCACACGCCAUAUUUGUUGUGACAAGGACUCAUUUGCAGAGUUGGUUUCUUGUGAGAAAGGAGAAAAGCUCUAUAUAUGCAAUGUUGUAACUUCCAAGAUCAAGGGGAAAGGCACUGUAAUUUUAAAGAUGACUUCUGGCAAAGAGUUGAAACUUCAAAACGUGUUGUAUGUGCCUAACAUAUGA